CUGAUUUCCAGGGUGGAUCACCAACUGACGUCUCGCGCCCGCUCCUCAUUCUUUCAGUGGAAUCAUAGCGACUCGGCGGUCAGAGAGGCUCGCGCGUCUUCCUCCUCGUCUCCGAACGACCGCGAAAAAACACACAGCAGAAGAAGAAGAAAAAAUGGACGAAAAGGCGUUUUCGAAAGAACUCGAUCAGUGGAUCGAGCAGCUCAACGAAUGCAAGCAGUUGACGGAGGGACAAGUGAAAUCACUGUGUGAAAAGGCGAAGGAGAUCCUCACCAAGGAGUCCAACGUGCAGGAGGUGCGGUGUCCGGUGACGGUGUGCGGCGACGUGCACGGCCAGUUCCACGACCUCAUGGAGCUGUUCAAGAUCGGGGGAAAGUCUCCGGACACCAACUACCUGUUCAUGGGCGACUACGUGGACCGGGGCUACUACUCCGUGGAGACGGUGUCUCUGCUCGUGUCGCUCAAGGUCCGGUACCGGGAGCGCAUCACCAUCCUGCGGGGGAACCACGAGAGCCGGCAGAUCACGCAGGUCUACGGCUUCUACGACGAGUGCCUCCGGAAGUACGGCAACGCCAACGUGUGGAAGUACUUCACGGACCUGUUCGACUACCUGCCGCUCACGUCCCUGGUGGACUCUCAGAUCUUCUGCCUCCACGGAGGCCUGUCGCCGUCCAUCGACACUCUGGAUCACAUCCGGGCGCUGGACCGCCUGCAGGAGGUUCCCCACGAGGGUCCCAUGUGUGACCUGCUGUGGUCCGACCCCGACGACCGCGGCGGCUGGGGCAUCUCCCCCCGGGGGGCCGGCUACACCUUCGGCCAGGACAUCUCGGAGACGUUCAACCACGCCAACCGCCUCACGCUGGUGUCCCGCGCCCACCAGCUGGUCAUGGAGGGUUACAACUGGUGCCACGAGAGGAACGUGGUGACGAUAUUCAGCGCUCCCAACUACUGCUACCGCUGUGGCAACCAGGCGGCCAUCAUGGAGCUGGACGACACCCUCAAGUACUCGUUUCUGCAGUUCGACCCGGCGCCUCGCAGAGGGGAGCCCCACGUCACUCGCCGCACCCCAGACUACUUCCUGUAACUUGUUGACCUCUGUCCAGUCGGGUCUGGUUUUGCCAUGAUGUAUGACCUUCAACUGAUAACAGUGUGUGUGUACGGACCAAAAGGUGCGUGACAAUGUCCGUUGACCGUGUAUUGGAAAGUCUCCCGGCUAUUUAAUUAAAACGGCAGGUUCAGUUCUUCCUCCUGGUGCUGGACUGAUCCACCUGCCACCCCCACGCCACGUCCUUAGAUCUGAACUUGAUCUGUUUGCACUUUUGUGAAGUUAAACAAAUGUAACAUGUCAAAAGAUGAAGAUUAUUUCACACUACAGAUGGUUUUUUCUUUUCUUGUUUUUUUUAAUUUUUGACUUUUUGUUGUUGUUUUCUAAGAUGACAAAGAAAAGUGUCUCUGUCCUGUAAGUGGAGGAACGCCUUUCUCACGCCGCUCCGUGAACACAAACCAGUUCAUUCUUAGUCUGUUAACCAAAUGUUUGAAUAAUAAAGACGAAGGUGGCUCCUUGACGGGAA